AUGACCAACGAAGAAAUUGAAGUUUUACAAACAAUUUACACUCAUGAUUUUACAAUUUCAAACACAAAUCCUAGAUGGUAUGGAGUAAUGGUUGCUACUGGUGAUUCAUAUCAACAUGAAAACAGCGAAAGUAUAGAACAACAAUAUGUUCAUGUAUUAUUUCACGAACCACCUGGAUAUCCUUCUGUGCCUGUCGAAGUUCGUAUUGCUACACCUGUGCUAAUCACGAAUUCAAAAGCCUCAAAUUAUUUAAAUGUAAAUGAUGGUAACGUUAAAGAAGAAUUGGAAAUUAUAUUGAAUUUAAAAGCACAAGAGAUGGCAAAUAAUGAGGAAUUUGCGAUGUAUGAAAUUGCAGAAUUAGCAAGAAAUUGGUUAUGGGAUAAUCAACAACUUUCAAAUACUUUUAAUGUUAGUCAUGAUUGGUGGGUAGGAGAAUUGCCAGAUAGAAUAUUUAAUUGGCAAACAAAUUCAUAUUCGCCUUCAAAAAUCACGGAACUUCAAUUUCGUGUGGAGCUUCAAGUUAUUGAAAACUGCAAUAUCAAAGUUGAUGUUGCAAAGGUUAGAUCCUUUUUAAUGAUGAACCUUUGGAAUGUUGAAAAGACGAUCGAGGCUAUUACAAAGAACAUAAACGAAAAUAAUCACGACGCAAAUAUUAGCAUUACGCAUGUAGCCACUGAUGACGUUGAUGAAAAAAUUGAAACAUCAUUUGAAGUAUUUGAUAUAAAUGAUAUGCAAUUUUUACCUGGAACACUUCAGAGAAAAUUCAAACAAGAUGUAAUUAUACAUUCACAAACGAUAAGAAAGGAACAAGCGGAUUUGGAUAUUUUGAUAAAACAAUAUAAAAACGGAUUAAAUACUAAAAACAAUAGAAAAUUGAGGAUUCAUAUAACUAAAUUAUUAAUACAGAUUCAUUAUGUCAUAAAAUUUGCAUCUGUAGGACUUUUUUGUAAAUCGGAUAAAGAUAAAAAUGAAGUUAAAAAAGGGAUGGAAAUUUUACGAAGGUUAGAAUUUGGAUUGAGAAGUUUAGAAAACGUCAGAGAGCAAAUUAUUGAAAUUGAAAGAGAUAACUUUGGAAAAGAGAAAAGAUUUAAGCAAUUGGAAUGUGAGAUUGAACAGUGUAAAGAAAGAUUAGAAAAUAAUAUAAAGAACCUUGUAAAAUUACUCAAUUACUUAGUUUAA